GAACCAUUAAACUGUCAAAACAUUUCGUCAGAAUUCGGAAAAUACAAAAUGUAUUUGUGAUUCAACUUGGCGUAAUAUGUCGCAAACUUUAUGAACACUAUUAUAGCAUUUUAAUAAAUAAUAAGUUACAAUUUUAAUUACUAAUUAGAUUCUUAUGUGAUAAUUGUGCGUAACCGCUAGUCACUGUACUACUAUUUCAUUGUUUGUACAGUUGCAAUAUUUUCGUAAUCUUUGCGUCACAUUUGUAAUUAUUUUGGCCGUAUUCUGUUUGUAUCGUACUUUUGUUGACUCACAAUCACUUUGAAUGCGGACUUGGCAACAGUGAGUGGUGUUUCAAUGUUACCUUGAACCUAACGAAACAGCUGUUUGGAUCAGAUAAUAAUGGACUCAUUCUUCAGUCUGUUCGACCCGUCAGAGGGUGGACAGGCAAAGCAAUCUAAUAAGAAGCGACAGAAAUCAGACGCGGAUACGAAAAAGAACCCAGAUGCACCGAAAGGUAGGAGGAAAGGUAGAAGGUCACAGCCUAAACAAGAGACCCAGCCAGAGGAAUCAUCUUUCCUCUGCGAGCCAGACCUUAGUACUGAUUUUCUAGUCAAAGAUUGUAGCUACAUUGAGAACUAUAUGGAAGUUAAGAAAGACGAUGAUACAAAAACGGAUAAACCAAAACGACGUAAUUCUUGUAGAAAAUAUAGAAGGAAAAAGAACAAAGUAUCACCGACUAAGGAUAUCGUUACUCCAGCUUGGAUAAAUACAGAAGAGGUUGAAGAUAAUAAAAAUUGGAAUAAUCUAUCACCGGUACCUAAAAUGCAUGAUGAAAAUGUUGGAAAAAACGUCAAUGACCUUGGAAAAGACAGAAAGAAUAGAAGGAAAGAUAUUGAAGAAGAAUUAUUGGAUAAAGAUAAAAGUGGAUAUUUAGACAGAGCUGUGUACCAUAAUGUUAUAGAGAAAUUAGAGAAAGUCGGUUUGAAAGAUGAAAUGUAUUUAGCCGGAGACUUUAAUGAUGAUUAUUUGGAAAAUGAUUUCUUCUACAGCUCUGAUGAUAUGGAAGAUUAUUUUGAUGAUGAUACAACUACCGAUUCUGAAGACUCUGGUGAGGAAUGCUAUGGCAGUUUACCUCCGGAGCCCCGCUUUGGUAAUGUCGAGUACAAACUGCAGUUAGUUGAGCCCUGCGAGAGAAGAUUCCAACAUUUAGUCACACAGUUGAAAUGGCGGCUACGGUCUGGCGGGGGUAGUGCGGUCUACGUAGUGGGCGUGCGUGACUGCGGCGCGCUACGGGGGCUACGAGCGCGUGCGCUACGAGCCAGCCUACGUGCGCUACGCCGUAUGGCCGCCGCACUAGGCGCUGCGCCUGUCGCCGCUCGGGCACGCCGUCUCGCACCGCAUAGGGCGGUCGCUGAAGUAUAUAUACGAAAGUUGGCUGACACUCAGCAGAGCGUGGAGCUGAGGAUAGCUGUGAUGGGAGCCAACGAAGCAGGGAAAUCGACUCUUAUAGGUGUACUAACUCAAGGUGAAUUGGACAAUGGCCGCGGCAGCGCGCGUCUGAACAUGUUCCGGCAUUUGCACGAAGUUAAAAGUGGUCGUACUUCGUCUCUGAGUCAUGAAAUACUAGGAUUUGAUGCUCAGGGUAAUGUAGUGAACUAUGGAUGUUCAGAGUUGAUGACGGCGGAGCGUAUAGGAGAGAGGAGUGCCAAGCUGGUGUCGUUCCUGGACCUGGCGGGGCACACGAAGUACCAGCGCACGACGCUGCACGGCCUCAGCGGGUACUCGCCGCACUACGCCAUGAUUGUGAUAUCAGCAACCGCUGGCAUCACUCGUAUCACAGAAGAGCACAUCGCGCUACUGACGGCGUUAGAGCUGCCGUUCUUUGCUGUCAUCAGCAAGUGCGAGCUCUGCCCCGCCAAUGUGCGGCCGCUGCUGCAGCGCCUGCAGGACCUGCUGGCUCCAGAACGAGAGAAUACAGUUAAAAAGAAGGCAGUGUUGAUAACUGACGAGAACAUGGCUCGCAGCUGCGUCGCGCCGCAGCACUCCAUACUCGACUCUAUAGAUAAGUGUUCUGAUGACGAAGAGAAGAAAGAUGAUGGUGCGGUGGAGCGCGUGGCGGUGUUCCCGGUGAGCUGCGUGCGCGGCGCGGGGCUGAACGCGCUGCACGCCUACCUGCUGGCGCUGCAGCCGCCGCUGCCCGAGGUGCAGCCGCCGCAGGAUGAUGAGCCGUGUGAAUUUCAAAUCGACGAGAUCUUCCAUGUAGGAGACAGUGGUCCGGUUGUCGGGGGACUCCUCGCCAGGGGACAGCUGUAUGAGGGAGAUAACCUUAUUAUAGGUCCAUUAGAGAACGGUGAGUUCGUGCCGACAUCAGUGCGGAGUAUCUACCGGAACCGCGUGCCGUGCGGCGGCGUGCGCGCGGGGCAGAGCGCCAGCCUGGGCCUGGGCGGAGCACCCGCGCUGCGCCAAGGCAUGGUGCUGCUCACCCCGCCGCCGGGCUACGCCGCGCCGCGCCGCAGGCCCACCUUCGGCACCUGCACGCGCUGCGCCAGCGGGAUACCAAAAGUACUGCAUAAUUCACAAUCAAACGAUACGAAGAAUCGUAAAAACGUGCGCAGGAAAAACAAGAAUUUGUUACAAGAUAUUGCUAAUGUGGAAAAUUCUCUCGCUAAAGCAAGAGAUAAUAUAGAAGAAGGGAAUAUUUAUAGGUCUGAAAGUGACGGUGAGAAGAUAGAAACAAACCAGAACGUGGAUGUGAGAUGCGUGUGCGGUGACGAGCUCCCUCUAGAAGAUCCUAACGACCCGAGAGGAUGCCUGUAUUUCCAGGCGACAGUCCACGUGCUGCGACACUCCACUGCGAUAUCCCCCGGCUUUCAAUGCUCCGUGCACGUCGGCAAUGUACGACAGACAGCCAUUAUUGAGGGUAUAAUGUGCGGCAACGGCGAGCUGCGCGCGGGCGAGAGCGCGCCCGUCGUGUUCCGCUUCGCGCGCUGCCCCGAGUACCUGGUGAAGGGCCGCCGCAUGCUCUUCACCGCAGGACUCGGCACCAGAGCCAUCGGACGUAUUACGCAACUAUUUCCAUAUCUGCCAUCGACUUGAAUCUGCGAAUAUAUAAUGGGGAAAAAAUCACAGAAAUGCAACUGUUUCUAAAAUUAUUUGCAAUAAUAAUAUAUUAAAAAAAUAGAGGAAACUAAUAUAAAUUUAUUUGAUACACACCCAAAAUAUAGAUGUAUAAUCUAUAAAUAAUCCGGGGCAUAAAAUUGAGCCUCCGAAGGUCUUUUUUGCCUCAAAAUAGAUUUGAUUUAUUAAAUAAAUUUGUAAACUCCAUAAAUUAUAAAUCUAUAGGUUAAAAUAUUAAGAAAUAGUAUUACAAUGCAAGCUAUGACGCAAGAAAUUAGUGUUUUAACUAAAUAGUGUGUUUUUUUCGUUUUUUUUUUUGUUAUGAAAAAUAUCUAUGUAUAGUGAAAAUAUCUGUCUGUAUGAUGCUAUUAAUGUUUAUUGUAACUAAAUAAAAAUAUAGACUUACAAGGAAA